AUGGAAGGAGAAAUCAAUUCCUGGAUGAUCCAGAACAAAGAAAUUGCAGCAGAACUUGGCAUGAAAAUUGAAGCUGUUGAGACAGAGUCUAUUAAUGUUAGGAUAGGAGGGUCUAUCAUACAGAUGGUUAUACCCUCUACUUCACAAGAUUCCUUUCUGGCUAUAUUUUUAGACCCAGAGGAAGGAGAUGAGACCUUCACUGAAACUCUUUUUGACUUGAAUGAGAAACUUGAGCGAAUAAGAUUUAGUCCAGACUGCAUGAGCAAAGUACUCGGCUGCAUGGUGCAAGUAUUUGAGAAACACCAGCGCUAUAAGCUAAGUGAAGGUGGCGAGAACAUAGAAUCAUGUGUAGUCAGUUUAGCUGAAGAUGCGAGAUUGGAGUGUGAUAAGGCCUUGUGGGCAUGCCAUGAUGAUCCAUCCAUUCUACAAGGAAUACUACCAUGGUGCUCUGUCAGCUUGAUUCCAAAUCUGGAAGCUAUUGAAUUGCAAAUGGAAGUUAAGGGUAUAAUGGUUGAGGAUCAUGUGACCACAGGGCUAGGAUUUUGUUUCGAGCUUCCUCUUGUGAUUCAUCUCCAAUUUAGUAGCAGUGCAUGGUCUGCAAGAGUUUUUUCUCUAGAUAUCUUUAGGUCGGUGCAAGUUUAUGUGAUGCAAAGCCCAAUUCAGUCUCGACAGUUGAGAGAUUCAAUGGAAAAGAUGACAGUUGGAUUGAAUGAAAGAAUGAGAAAUGCCAUUGCUAAAAGUCUCCAGGAUAGGAUGCGCCCAUAUGGACCUCAUGUGUUGGUGCAACUUUCAGUGAAAGAAUUUUUCAAUAAUUGCAAAAUUUCAACUGAUGGGUCGCUAUAUGUAGGGGAACAGAUUUCCGAGUCUCAUAACAUUAUUGUUUCCCUUCUGGUUUCAUUGGGAAAUUGGAUGAAGAAUGUGAAGAACUGGUGUGCGGUUUGUAGGAAGAAGCUUCCACCAUUUUCUCGACUGUGGUACUGCGACGAAGUAUUAUGUUUGUUCAGGUUUGAAGAGUUGGGAAUUGGAACGUCUGUGCUCCAGGAACUGAAAAACUCAGAGUUAAUUGAUUUGGAAAUUACUCUUGCCGCUACUGCAGCAAGAUGUUUAGAUCGUGAUGUUUUUGAGCCAUAUCCGAGUUUUCUUUUGAAGAACAAUGAAAUACGAAAACGUUCUGGAUUCUUCAGUUCAAUUGAAUCAGGGAAAGCUACUGCCAGUGAACCAAGGGACUUUUUGGCUAAUAAGAAUUUGGCUCUUAUAAAGCAGAUAAUAGAUGCAUUUCCCCCACUUUCAGAGAUGCAAGGGUGUUCCAAUGAAAUUGAACUAGUUUUGAAGCUGGGUAUAUCAUGGCUGCAAAAGGAUUGUAAAACUGGUGGUAUCAAUCGGGAUGACUUAUCGGAAGAAGAAUAUGCAGAUCAAUUAUUACUUCCAUACAAAAUUCUCACAUAUGUGCUGUUUACAAAUAGAUCCUCUCUUUAUGUGCUAAAGAACACCAAUAAAUUGAAUGUGAAAGGAUCUCUUUAUGAGUUUGCAGUUUUCUAUAAUUCUGAGAGUGAGGAAAUAUUUAAUCAACGCAGGGCCGCUGAAGGAUCUGUCUUUGCAUUCCAUGGAAGUUAUAUAUGCAAUUGGUACUCUAUCCUUAGGAAUGGCCUAAAAUGCUUGAGUGAGACAGGGUACAUGUCUGCUGGAAAUUUCCUUGGCAAUGGGAUCUACCUUUCUCGUCACAUGGAAAAGGCAUAUACAUAUUGCCGUUCUUACCGUUUCUCUAUACAUGGGGAAUCUAAAGUAUACAGAGUCAUGGCUCUCUGUGAGGUUUUCUCAUGGGAAAAGUAUAGAAAAGCUCAUGACGUCUUGGUGGCUUCUAAUGAGAAUGAUGUUGUCAUACGGUAUUUGAUUGUCUUUAAUGAAGAGCAUGAUAUUUGCAUAUGGGAAACCGAAAAGGUAAUAGCAGGAAACAUGCUUUCAGAUGAAACCGAUUUCGGGGAACAUUAUAAACGGCUGAGAAGCCAAUACGUCAAUGAGGUGAUGAAUAUAGGCUCCAUUUCAGUUGAAAAUCGCUUGGAAUUAUUGCAGAAAAAGGUGUCAAACAAAUAAAACUGCUUAAAACUAUAAAAAAUUCUGAACUGCUAGAAGAUAAACACACUAUAAAUCUAUCAAGCAUGUUUGUGUAUCCAUUGUUGAGGUUGUGCUAUGCACAAUUAUUUUAAUUAAUUUUAUAAAUGGAUUUUAUUUAA